UCCCACACUGAGUAGAGUACUUGCUGCUUUUGUGGUUAGGCUUCUCUGCCGUGUUUUUUCUCCUUUUUUUAUAAUACAUAUAUAUUAUUCUUGUUUUUAUUACUGUAAUGGUGUCUAUAAUCUCUGACUUGGAUCCUCUGAAAAGCUGGAAAGUUUUAAGAGAGACUGCCACAGAGUUAUCUGGAACAUUACCAAGUAACGGCACAGCUAACAAGAUGAAUGGAGCUUUGGAUCAUUCAGACCAACCAGACCCAGAUGCCAUUAAGAUGUUUGUUGGACAGAUUCCCCGAUCAUGGUCAGAAAAAGAGUUAAAAGAACUUUUUGAGCCUUAUGGAGCUGUCUACCAGAUUAAUGUUCUUCGAGACAGAAGUCAGAACCCUCCCCAAAGUAAAGGUUGUUGUUUCGUAACAUUUUAUACAAGAAAAGCUGCUCUUGAGGCACAGAAUGCACUGCACAAUAUUAAAACCUUACCUGGGAUGCAUCAUCCUAUUCAGAUGAAACCUGCAGAUAGUGAAAAGUCAAAUGCUGUGGAAGACAGAAAAUUGUUCAUAGGAAUGGUUUCGAAGAAGUGUAAUGAGAAUGAUAUCAGGGUGAUGUUUUCUCCGUUUGGCCAGAUAGAAGAAUGCCGAAUCCUUCGGGGACCGGAUGGGCUGAGCAGAGGCUGUGCGUUUGUCACAUUUUCUACAAGGGCAAUGGCACAGAAUGCAAUCAAAGCCAUGCACCAGUCUCAGACCAUGGAGGGCUGCUCUUCGCCAAUCGUGGUGAAGUUCGCCGAUACCCAAAAGGACAAGGAGCAGCGGCGUUUGCAGCAGCAGUUGGCACAGCAGAUGCAACAGCUCAAUACUGCCACUUGGGGAAACCUGACAGGUCUUGGAGGACUCACACCACAAUACCUAGCUCUUCUGCAGCAAGCAACUUCCUCCAGUAACUUGGGUGCCUUCAGCGGCAUUCAGCAAAUGGCCGGCAUGAACGCUUUACAAUUACAGAAUUUGGCAACCUUAGCAGCCGCAGCAGCCGCCGCCCAAACCUCAGCUACCACCACCAAUGCAAAUCCUCUCUCCACAACGACUGGUGCUCUGGGAGCCCUCACAAGUCCCGUGGCUGCAUCAACUGCUAAUUCCACAGCUGGUGCGGCCAUGAAUUCUUUGACUUCUCUGGGUACUCUCCAAGGACUGGCUGGAGCCACUGUUGGACUGAAUAAUAUUAAUGCACUAGCAGGUACCGUAAACAGUAUGGCGGCCCUGAACGGAGGACUCGGCGCCACAGGCUUGACGAACGGUACGGCCGGCACGAUGGACGCACUCACCCAGGCCUACUCAGGAAUCCAGCAGUACGCGGCCGCCGCGCUGCCCACGCUGUACAGCCAGAGCUUGUUGCAGCAGCAGAGCGCUGCGGGCAGCCAGAAGGAAGGUCCAGAAGGGGCAAACCUCUUUAUUUACCACCUCCCCCAGGAGUUUGGAGACCAGGACAUUCUGCAGAUGUUCAUGCCUUUUGGAAAUGUUAUCUCUGCUAAAGUCUUCAUUGACAAACAGACCAAUCUGAGCAAGUGCUUUGGUUUUGUUAGCUAUGACAAUCCAGUCUCUGCACAAGCUGCUAUCCAGGCUAUGAACGGCUUUCAGAUUGGCAUGAAACGCUUGAAGGUUCAGCUGAAACGCUCCAAAAAUGACAGCAAACCUUACUGAUCUUAACCCCAGAUGCUUACUGCUCUUAUUUUAGCUUUCUUAGGACAUCUCCAUGCCCGUUAGCCCAUCGUUUGCCUAGCAUGUCCCUGUGGCGUCUCAAAAAUAAACACACCACAGUUUCAUCGUCCAGUCAUUGUUUCUGAUGUCUUUCUGACCUCACAUCAUAUUUGGUUCUCCUACUGACCUUUGAUCUAGUUUGACCUUUGAAAUUUGCAUGUGACCUCAUCUAGCUAUGAAUUCUGGGAAGUCAAUGUGAAAAAACAUUGCUGCAUUCAUGCAAGACUGAAAUUUCUUAUUAGAUAAAUUAAUGAUAGGAUUUAAAAACAACCUGUGGCAAAAUGUUUUUUCUUUCUUUCCUUUUUGUUUUCAGUUGUUUUGUUUUCCUUUUUUUUUCCUUUGGGUUUUUUUUGUUGGUUGAUUUGUUUG